CCGAUUGAUAACUGCACAUUAAAAACCGGUCAGCACCCCUCGCUGACAAAAUCACGCCAUACGUCCGAAAAUAUGACGAAGCUUGUUCGGAAAGUUGCCGAUGUCCUCCGACUUCAUCCGUUUAUGACACAAGUGGCGCAUCUGUUUUGAUUUUGGCGGAGUAAAACAGUAGCUAAAAUGAGAAGAUCGAGAAAUCCAAAUUCUUCCUCAACAGGCCAGGCUAAUAGUUCAGCCGCUGGUUCUUCAGGAAGUAGCAACACAAACACAGUUCCUUCCUUGUUAAAAGAACUUCACGGCCUCGUGUUGCAAAUUCAGGUAGUGUGAUACUCGUUCCAUCUUUUGUUCACUGUCGCGUGUUAAACGCCGUACGUAAAGUCACAACAGUUAUUGUAGUUGACGUUAUUGCUGGUUGUUUACUUGAAAUGAUUUCUCUCUCUGUGCAACAGUAUUUUGAUUUGUCAAAAAUGCGAGAAAAAGCUGGAUAGUGGAUGCAUGGCGCCAUACUGAAUACGAAGGAGAGGGACUGGGGAGAGUUAAUAAUGGGCAUAGGGGAUUUCUUGGGUGCUGUAAUGGCACGCAAACAAUUCCAGAAAUUUAUGCCCAAGAAAUUCUCAUGAAUGAUCCAUGCUGUCACCCAUGCUACAUCACAUGGAAUUCCCAAAAUUUCACUUGAAAUGUAAGUGUUGCUCAGGGUUGAAUUUUUGUGGAAAAUAUAUGGUUGGUUCCCUUGAUUGGGUAUGCUUUUCUGUUUCUUCUUUGGUUUGAUAUGUUUCAGUUAGGAUGUUAGGUCUUUGACCAGACACUCUGACAUUAUCCAAAACACCCUCAACCUGGUUUCUUUCAAUGUCAAUCACAUAUAUUUAAGGAGAUAAAAAAACCUAUCUAUUACAUAGCCAACUCCUGCCUUGAGGAUACCUUCCCUUCAAUAUUAGAGACCUUGAUCAUGCUAACAUGGAUAGUAGCUGAAUCUGCAGCAACAAUAGAGUCAAUUUGACUGACCUCUCACUAUUACAAUACAUGUAAUUAGCAUUUAACUAUUGGGUAAGGCUGAGUAUGAUCUGAAGAAUUAUGGAGAUUGAGGAAAGUGUUUCUGACCGAGGUGGAUAACACACUGACAAAGAUUAUUCCGUAUUACAAUAUCAUAAAAGCGAAUUUUGAUGGUGUUAUUCAUGUACAGUAAGUCUUGAUAUAAUGUCCCAAGCCAUAAUCCCAUGUUAUGAUUUGGGUAGUGGAUUGAUUUGUACUGGGAGGGAUUAGGGUCUUUGAUAUUGGGGGAUAUGUGGUACAGACUGUUUAUUACAUGUCUGUUUGCUGAGGUCUGAAAUCAGUAAGCAAAGUGUUGUGGCUUUUGUGAUAAUAAUGGCUUUAGUUUGUUGGUGAUCAUCAGUGAAAGAUUUCCUCCUUCACUGAACUGGGAAAAUCUGAUAAAUAAAGUUUAUUUGUUAACUUAUAGGAACAACGGUCUCAAAGUGAGCAAAACCUCAGUACAAUUGCUAAGACUCAUGAAAAGAUGAAGACCGAAGUGCGAGGUUUGUUUGUGUAGGAGAUACAUGUAAUACAAAGUCAGAACUAGACUGCACUGCUCAGAAAUGACUGUGGAGUUGGAGGAGUAAUAAUCAGUAAAUAAGAUGUAACAUACCGUAUUAUGAAAAUUUACGCUUCAUGAAGUUACCGCGAAUUUCCAAAAUAUGUGUUAAUUUUAGUCGCGUUAAUUUCUGUUCAUGUUAAUUUCUGAGCCAUUAAUUAAGUGUCUAACAUUAACUUCCGUGACCUUAAUUUUCAUUAUUCGACCCAAUUUCUCAAUACUUUCUGAUAUUAUUGACACCUAAAAAAGAGGAGUAUUUUAUCAGCCAGGAUGGAGUUCUGCCAGUAACAGUGAAACUAAGUAAAACUUGAAGUGGCCAGAUUUCUUCGCUUAACCCCCUUCUUACGUUUAAGGAAAGAACCAAGAACAAAGAAUUGUUUUCUAGUUUUUGCAAAUGUUAAUUUUCAUGCCGUUAAUUAAGUGGAGAUCCUUAUUCCUGGAGCCUUUGUUCAACUAUAAUAUAACCUCAGGGUUUAGACAAAACCUUAAUAUAAUAAAUUUGUUGCAUUUUUGUAGUAUCUUCUUAUUUCAAGUCCAAGUUGCGAGGCUUAUACAAGACAGCAGGCUCUGAUGCAGAGGCUGAAGUUGAGUGAGUAUAGAAUGUUUGAUUGCCUUUCUUAUCUACAGUUAAACAUAACUUGAAACACUUGUAUAUACUUCACUAAUAAUGAAGAUUGUUUUACCAGUAUGUUUUAUUUACAUACCUGGGCUUGUUCUUUUUUUACUUUUAAUUAGGGCAAUUUCAUUAUGUCCUGGAGGGGUCAGCAAAAUUUGAGGGGGGAGGGGGAGUAGUUGUGAAUUUUUUGCUUAUGAUAAGGAAAAUAAUAGUUUGCAGACAAAUCAACAGAAUUUACGUACUCCCCCCUCAUGUAAAGAUAAGUGAAAGCCCUCUUCAUUUUUCUUUUACUGUUUUUCUUUGAAGUUCAAUAAAAAAGGCAUUGGACAAGAUAGCCAUCAUCAAAGCACUUAGAAAUGACAGAAGGAUUGGUGAGGAGAAUGAAUAUUUCCUUGUUGUUGUAAAUAUCAUGAUUUGCUAUAAGAGAUAUAGAAAGGUGUUUUUGAAAGGUCUAUGUCUGUCCAUACCAGCUGAAUGAAUGUUUACUCUAUGGCUUUAACUUCUGUAUUUUCACACAUAAAUCUUCAAAGGAGGACUAGGAUUCAUAAUGUAUGAAUGCACUAGAAAAGCUCCUUUAUAUGUACAGGUUUUAUGUUUCUAAUUUUGAUAAGCAGCAGAGUUGGUGUUUUUGUGUAGGAUGUUUGUUUUCCAUCCCAACACUCUGGAAAGUUUGAGGCAACGCCACAGUUCAACUUUUGGGUUCGAGCCUUACAAGAAGGAUUUACAACCUGCAGGAUAUAGGGUCUAUAUUAUUAUUAUAUAUUAUUUGGCUCACCUGAUGUAUGUGACAAUUACAUGUUCAUAAUUUGGUAAAAUAAUGAUGUUUUAAUCAUAUUUUUGUCUCUUUGUCAGUCCGAGGUGGCAGUGGUAGACUAGGCAAUCAAGAAACAGGGGAACCAAGGUAAUUUGUUAGAGUUUUAAGAAUUAACAUGCAGUUGUAAUCAUAAAAGCAUAUGACAAUAGACUAAGAGUAAAAUAUACAGAUGAAAGUCCCGUAAGGGAGAAGCGAUUUUGAAAGUUUGGAUAGUUAGUUGCUUAUGAGAGAGGUUUGACUCAAUAAAAAUUUGCUUCCAGUUGUUAUUGUGGUUGUCCAACUACUGUAUGUAUUGUUCUUAAUUAUAUUUCUUGUAAAUAUUUCUUUUAGUCUACAGUAGAAAUAAACUGCUUGUUGUUGUUGUUGAUUAUCACUAAAUCACACUAAAAAAUGUUUGCGAAGUUGUAGACCGCUCACAGCCCCCUUUUUUUCUGUAUUAUCGAAAUCGAGCUCUUACGUGUACCAUCAUGGAUGGGCAUUUUGGUUGGCACACAUCGCUCCCUCUUAAAACCAACAUGGCUACCUGUUAUAAACUUUAAAUCUUAUGGAAAUAUAGGGAACUGGCAAGUACAAAAUGCAGUCUAGCAAAGUUGUUUUUCAUUUUUUUUACUUUUUUAGGAAGGUAAUGAGACGAGGAGUGCUAAUGACAAUGUUACAGCAAGCUGCAGUUCAGUUACCAAUGUGGAUGGGAAAAUCUUCUGAAAGGUAUGACAUGUAUAAGUGUUUUAGUGUAGGAUUAUGUCCAUUUUAUUUAUGACUUAAGUACAAAUGUAUUGCUUGAGCGCAGGCUGGGGAUUAAUGCUUUGCUUAACCAGUGACCUGACCAUACCGCUUCCUGGUUUGUUAGUUCAGCUGGUGGUGAGUUGCUAGACUGCGGGGUGGCAGGGUGGAAGAUUGUGGCUUCAAAUGGCAGCCAGAACCCCAAGCAGGGUCUUCAAAGAACUAGGAAGAUGAUACUGGAGCUAAAGAUACUUGUCUUUUAUUCUUUAGUAGUGUUUAGCAGUGUUUGUCCUACACCCACUUCUACUCAUACUUCAUUUGAAAAGAAUAGGUGGAAUCAUUAGUGUUGUGAUUUGGAAUGAUUUCUUAAUGGGUGUGGUGUGGUGGGAACUCUAAAUCAGGAUUAAAAUCUUAAACCAUAUCCUUCAACCUUCUUCCUUUCUUCCCAGCCCGCCUUCCCUAUGUGGUUGCAUUCAAGCUGAAGCAAACUAUGUGGCCCAGCAAGGGGAUCAUGUAAGUUAUACAUAGUGUUCUAUGCAAAGAAGAAUAGCAAUAGAAGGGGCCCACAAAAUUUUUUAUUAUUUUCAAGGCAGGGCCCCUAACUUAUGAGUGAGGUGCUGAUUUACUUGAAGAACUGAAUCUGCCACUUUUUUUUAAUGUUUAGCUGGCAGUAUUAUAAGUGUGAUGGUUAACCAUUUAUUGCCUCAAAAAUGUCCUCUUUUUAAAGGCUGCAAAGGUGAUGUGUGGACCAUAAAAUGUCAAAUAAUAGAAGUUUGCUCUAUUUUUUUAUUGUAGGUUGCUGCUCGCGUGCGAACACCUGAUGGCGAAGAACAGUUGAUCUUAGCAGAAAUUGUCUCUUUUAACCCUUCGACAAAUAAGUAUCUUUCAAAACUUUUUACUGUCCAAGACAAUGUUAGAUGAAGGAACUUGGACAUUCUGUUAUCAGUACAGUGCCAUUAAAAUUUAUGUGUUGUCAGGUAGCCUGUGCCGCAGAUGAAACUAAACUCUGGUUAAGUCCAUCUGCAAAACAGCGCUGAAAUCCUUGUUCCCACCUGUUUACCAGGAUUUGUGUUUGCAUCAUGAUUGGCCUGUUAAAAAUACCAUUGUUGAUUUGCCAAUCAAGAUAAAGGGAAAUUGGAAAUGCUCUUCCGGUAAUUAAUUGAGUCCGUUGGGGGCCCAAGGAUAAUCAGCGCUGCUUCGCACAUGUUACUAACCAAGAAUACAUUAAGUCUGCGACGAAGGCUAGUUAUCAGGUGGUCUUUAAAAGAAUAUGACCUGAUUAAAUAGUUUAGGGAGAAUAGUGUCAUUGUUAGAAUAACUCACUUUGCUUGGUGGGAACAUCCUGGGUGCAGUUGUUGAGAAGGUGUAUGGUGCCAUCUUGUGGUUAAGUCUCUAUCUAGUAGAUACUGCAAUUGGUUGUCCUAAUAGUUGUCCAACUUUUGAACAACAAGGGCCUAAUAAAAUUCAGAUUGCAAUUAGUUAACCAGAUCAAGUCAAAAUGGCCAUCCCUUCAAAAAUCUAGUAAUGACUUAAUUAUUCUUAUUAAAGCAAGCCUUUCCAAUAAUUUUUUUCUUCCUACCUUUAGCUUGCAAGUAAUAGCAUGAUAGAAUCAGGGGAGGGGUGGUGCAAUCAUCCCUGGAUUAGGGUUCAUACCUGCUAGAUUAUUUGGCAAGAUUGUGCAUCCCUAGUGCAUUGACUGUGUCCAAGUUUGUGAGUGUCAUCCUUGACUUAGCUUGUAAGAUAUGAUGUUGAUGACAUUGAUGAAGAAGCUGGAAGAAAUGGCAAAGAGUAAGUGAAGGAGUUUGCACUGACCCGCCUAGUCUAGCAAUGUUGACAGUUUUUUGGGUUUUUGUUGACAACUUUGACAAACUUGCUAUGGACAGCAAAAAUAAACACCUGCGAUCUCUUUCAACCCCCUGUUUUUGAGGUAGUGUGGACUCUUAUAAAUGUAGUCUCUGUAUAUGCGGUAUUUAUGGAUUUUAAAGAGAUAACAUGAUGCAAAGGUGCUCAAAACAUGAAUAUACCAUUAUACAUUAAUAAUUGGCUUUGCAUUUCUUCCAAUGAAUUCACAAUUGUGGUUUUGCAAACUUGGUCAUGCACUCAGAUGUUAGAAAUUGACUGACCAAUAUAUUAUUUGUAAUUUAAUAUACGAUGCCACAAAUUUUUACCUACCCUGGGUGCCAGAGGCCUUUCAUGCCCCGUUUCUGGUUUCGGUCAAGUCCGGCCAAAGCCGUGUAGGCUCAUGGCUGACUAAGCUCUUCGUCGCUCGCAAGUCAAAAGCUCUGUUACCCAGAGUAAUUUAUACCCAGAAUGUUUUUUUUUUUAAUUUCAGGCGUCAUCACUUAAGUCGAAGGCGAGUGAUACCACUUCCAAAGACAAAAGCAAACCCGGUAACUCAUCCUCAAGCUCUCUUUCAAAAAGAUCAGGUUAGUGGAAAGCUAAAAUGCAAAGUCACCCACAAAAUGUGCGUGUCAAAUGCAAUGUUUGUCCAUAUUACCCUCUUCCUCAUUGGGCGUGGUCGAGAGUGAGGUUUCACUAAAUUUCUGAUAUGCUUUACCAAGAAGGAGUGUUUAUGUCUGCAUCCCAGCAUUUCCUUUUCCUUUUUUUGGGGGGGGGGAGGGGGGGUGGGGGGUGGGGAGGUAGGAGCUUGUAUUUGAAUCGUACACGUACUUGCAAAUGAGCAGCAAAGGGGAAAUUCACACAAUUUACAUGGGUUGUGUUUCUUGUAGAUUGUGAUGGCGCUGUAUCCUCAAACUACGUGUUUCUACAAAGCCGUUAUCCACGAACCACCAACAAGGGUACGUAAUCAAUGAUGGCAGUGACUCCGCAGAUGACACCCAACUAUCGUAGUAACAGGUGGCUACGUGGAAGCUAAGCCAAGUUCGAUAUUUUGGAAUCUUUUUUACUAGCGCCUUUCUACUUUGCAAGAAUCCAGUUUUUUCUUGUUUUUCAAUCCAGACGAAAUUUUCCUCGCUUCGACCCCAAUAACCUUUAUAUCAAAUUUUCCUUGCCCAUUUAAGGAUGCUUUUACAGUGGAACACUGAUCUUUUAUGAUCACGAGCCGAUUACCUCCUGUUUUAAGUUAAUGUUUGUGAUUGACUCGUACGUAUAAUUUACUUAGGGAAAAUUUGAGAAGGCAGGUACACCUAAAAUUCUUAAAGACAACAUUUAGCCAGGAAAGAGGGCGGGGAAGGGGUGCAAACAUUUACGCAUACUAACUCAAAAAAUGCACCCCCACCACCCCUCCCGUAACCCAAAAUUUUGCCUUAAGUUCGACGUUACAAUUAACUGUGUAAUAAGGGAGGGGUAGGUGGGCAAUUUCCUAGAAUCUCACCCUGAUUCAAAAUACACCUUUUAGCGCAUUGCAUGUCAGCUAGGAUGAACAUUUUUAGUAAGUAACCUUACCUUUCUUUUAUUUUUAACCUUAUUUCAGCCGCAAGAUGAUUACUUGGUGUCGUUCGAGGACACAUCCUACGCUGAUGGCUUUGCUCCACCGCUUAACGUCCCACAGCGCUACGUUGUGGCGUCUAAGGAAACAAGAAAGAGAUAACCUCAAGAACGCAUACCUGCACAAUUAUGUAGCAAGUCGCUUACUACUUACCAGCUGUUGCGUGUGUGACACAAGGGACUUUAAUGCUACAUUUACACAGCACCGGACAAUGUUUGACCGGUUGAAAAUUCGUACGUUCAGGUGUUCUGUUCACACGGAACCACCUUAACCGUUCGAAAAUUAAGACGUCUAGCCGGGGGUUCAAAGUUCUGUGUGAACAAAGCGAAAAUACUAAACGCUCCCGUGUGUACGAAGUGUCCGGUCAAAUUUUUCCUCCGGUCGAUAAUUCGUCCGGUGCAAUGUGAACGGCAUGCGCAAGUGUGCUCAGAACGUUCUUCUAGUAUUAAACUUUGAUUCUACGGUGCGUAAAUAAAGGCAACCCGUCUGGCAUCGUGUACAUACUCGUAGAGUCCUUGUAGCUGUUAGCUCGAAGAAAGUCUGUCGACAAUUAUGUGCAAAUUAUAGAAAGCUUGUGAAGGAAUAGCAGAAUAAAGUUUGUAUUCCUCUCUCUACUUUACCUGCAUCCUGAACAAAAUG